AUGUUUGAAAUGGGAGUCAAACUUGAUAUGAAUAAAGUGUACGACCGCGAGGAGUGGGAUUUCUUGGAGGCUGUGAUGAUUAGAAUGGGGUUCACUGAAAGAUGGGUGGAGUUGAUUACAGUGACGGACCUAUUAAGGCGCAAGGACAAAGGCAUUGACUUAAGGCCUCAGAGCAUAAUUGUACAGACUUGUAAAGCGUCUGGACAACAAAUUAGUCUGGCCAAAUCAAUUAUCUUCUUCAGCCCCAAUACUCCAUCAAAUUUAGGCAAGCGUCUCUGCCAUAUUCUUGGGAUAUCACACGUUGAUGAUCCUGAGAGGUAUCUUGGUCUCCCUACUAUUUGGGGCCGCUCAAAGCGUGAGGCACUGCUAUACAUUAAGGAGAGGAUUAUGUCUAAAAUCCAAGGUCUCUCAAAACAGUCUGGUGGUAUGGGCUUCUGUGACCUUCAUGAAUUUAAUUUGGUGUUGAUAACUAAGCAAUGUUGGAGACUCAUCACCGAACCUGACUCUCUUUGGGCAAAAUCUUUGAAGGGUUUUGAGGGUGGAAGGCUGCAACCUGUGGCUAAUGGUAUGGUGGAUUUAGAGCAAAGAGUCAAUUCCAUUAUUAAUUUUGAUACCCGUAAUUGGAACCUCAAUCUAAUUCGACACCUGAUUGAUGAUAGAGCUGUUGAAGCCAUUUCCAAGAUUAAAUUUGCAAGCCCAAGGAAUAAAGAUAGACUGGUGUGGCCUUUCAAAAAAAAUGGAUUCUACUUUGUAAAAUCUUGGUAUCAUUGGCUGCAUAGCUCCUCAAUUACUCGGCAACAAAAUAGACCCUUCUCUUCUCGCGAUGUUGAUGUGGUUUGGUAG